GCGAAGUGACCAGGCGGCGGCGGCUCUACUGAGGUGACAACGUGCUAGCAGCCCUCUCUCGCUCUGGGCGCCUCCUCGGCCUCGGCGUCCGCUCUGGCCGCGCUCGAGGAGCCCUUCAGCCCGCCGCUGCGCUAUGAAGGCCCCUCUCUGGGGCUGGCCGAGGCUGGAGCCGGCUCUCUCUGCUCGCGGGCAAGUGUGAAGAGAGAGGCGCGGGCGGGAGCCGGGGCUGCGCGCGGCGCUCGCGGGCCGGCGCGGGUUCCAGGUGAGCGCGGACUCGGCGAGCCCCGCACUCGGCGCGGCCGGCCGGCGCCUGCUGGGCUUGAUCUGAGGCUGAAUCCCGUGUGUGGACCGCCGUUCCCUCUUCGCGGGAUCGUUGGCCAGGAUAGCAGAUGCAUUUUUGUAGAAGCAUUCUGAGGAUGAAUGUUUGCAAAUCAUUUUGAAAUUGCCAAGUGCCACAUACAUGGAAUGUAUCCUGCUUUCAUCUUGGAGUUCACCUGUGUGGCUUGGAUUUAUCACAGUAGCAUUUGUCUUCAAUCUGUGUGUUAACUAGAAAUCAAGGAAAGACAUGAGGAGAUUUGUUUACUGCAAAGUGGUUCUAGCCACUUCACUGAUGUGGGUUCUUGUUGAUGUCUUCUUACUGCUGUACUUCAGUGAAUGUAACAAAUGUGAUGACAAGAAGGAGAGAUCUCUGCUGCCUGCAUUGAGGGCUGUUAUUUCAAGAAACCAAGAAGGGCCAGGAGAAAUGGGAAAAGCUGUGUUGAUUCCUAAAGAUGACCAGGAGAAAAUGAAAGAGCUGUUUAAAAUCAAUCAGUUUAACCUUAUGGCCAGUGAUUUGAUUGCCCUUAAUAGAAGUCUGCCAGAUGUAAGAUUAGAAGGAUGUAAGACAAAAGUCUACCCUGAUGAACUUCCAAACACAAGUGUAGUCAUUGUGUUUCAUAAUGAAGCUUGGAGCACUCUCCUUAGAACUGUUUACAGUGUGAUAAAUCGUUCCCCACACUAUCUACUCUCAGAGGUCAUCUUGGUAGAUGAUGCCAGUGAAAGAGAUUUUCUCAAGUUGACAUUAGAGAAUUACGUGAAAAAUUUAGAAGUGCCAGUAAAAAUUAUUAGGAUGGAAGAACGCUCUGGGUUAAUACGUGCCCGUCUUCGAGGAGCAGCUGCUUCAAAAGGGCAGGUCAUAACUUUUCUUGAUGCACACUGUGAAUGCACGUUAGGAUGGCUGGAGCCUUUGCUGGCAAGAAUAAAGGAAGACAGGAAAACGGUUGUCUGCCCUAUCAUUGAUGUGAUUAGUGAUGAUACUUUUGAAUAUAUGGCUGGGUCAGACAUGACUUAUGGGGGUUUUAACUGGAAACUGAAUUUCCGCUGGUAUCCUGUUCCCCAAAGAGAAAUGGACAGGAGGAAAGGAGACAGAACAUUACCUGUCAGGACCCCUACUAUGGCUGGUGGCCUAUUUUCUAUUGACAGAAACUACUUUGAAGAGAUAGGAACUUACGAUGCAGGAAUGGAUAUCUGGGGUGGAGAGAAUCUUGAAAUGUCUUUUAGGAUUUGGCAAUGUGGAGGCUCCUUGGAGAUUGUUACUUGCUCCCAUGUUGGUCAUGUUUUUCGGAAGGCGACUCCAUACACUUUUCCUGGUGGCACUGGUCAUGUCAUCAACAAGAACAACAGGAGACUGGCAGAAGUUUGGAUGGAUGAAUUUAAAGAUUUCUUCUACAUCAUAUCCCCAGGUGUUGUCAAAGUGGAUUAUGGAGAUGUGUCAGUCAGAAAAACACUAAGAGAAAAUCUGAAGUGUAAGCCCUUUUCUUGGUACCUAGAAAACAUCUAUCCGGACUCUCAGAUCCCAAGACGUUAUUACUCACUUGGUGAGAUAAGAAAUGUUGAAACCAAUCAGUGUUUAGACAACAUGGGCCGCAAGGAAAAUGAAAAAGUGGGUAUAUUCAACUGUCAUGGUAUGGGAGGAAAUCAGGUAUUUUCUUACACUGCUGAUAAAGAAAUCCGAACCGAUGACUUGUGCUUGGAUGUUUCUAGACUCAAUGGACCUGUAAUCAUGUUAAAAUGCCACCAUAUGAGAGGAAAUCAGUUAUGGGAAUAUGAUGCUGAGAGACUCACGUUGCGACAUGUUAACAGUAACCAGUGUCUCGAUGAACCUUCUGAGGAAGACAAAAUGGUGCCUACAAUGCAGGACUGUAGUGGAAGCAGAUCCCAACAGUGGCUGCUAAGAAACAUGACCUUGGGCACAUGAAGAUCAUGUCCUCCAAGCCAUGAAAGUGUCUACGCUUUUGUUUUUCCAUUAUUUCAAUUGGGGGAAAAUAUUAACUUUGCUGAAUUGAAAGUUUUAAAAAUCCUUUUAGUAUUCUAAAACACAAUUAUUUCUAAUUCGUUUCUAGAAAUGUUUGCUUAUUUCCCUAAAAUUUGUACCUGAUCAGAGCACAUAAAAAUAUAAAUAAUAGCAAACUAUUAUUAACAACAACUUGUAAAACAAAUUGUGUUUGCUUUAAGAAAAAUCUUUCUUGCACUCAUGUCAUAGGGUUAAUUGGAGGUUAUUUUAUUUUUGGUUGUCAUGGUGAUUGAAAGAGAUAAUGUAAAUGCCUUAUAAAAUCUUCAUUAUGAAAUAUUAUCAGUUGCUUUAUAAACUCACUCUUUUUACUGAUCCUUCAUGGAAACAUGUUUGAUAUCUGUGUCUACAACAGGGCCACAUAUUAAAUUAUUUCUGAAUGGUGAAUUCAUCUUACAAAAUGCUCCAAGUUUUGGACAAGGAAAAACAUUACAUUGGAUAUUGAAUUCAUAGAGCCUUUACAGAAGCAUCACAUUUAAACCAAUGUGAAUUCAAAAAAGAGAAGGAAACUUUUUAAAUUCAAUUUAAAGUACAUUAAAAAAGAAAUCCGUGAAGCAUUGAGGGGAACAAGAUGAGUCUAAUCUGCAGCACUUCAAUCAUUGUGAGAGAACUCAAAGUGGGUUGCAAUCAUUCCUAACACAGGCUGAAACUAAACAAUCUUGCUCCCAGAGUUUAUGUUGGAAACUCAAUUCUUAACCAAGAUCUUGGUGUCCACAAACUCUACCAUCCCUUUUCUCUUCACUCUGUAGACAGUGGUGUGCCAUUGAUGCUGUACAGAAUUGCAGGUGAAAGGGAGAAUUUUAGACUUAAUUUUUAACUCUAUUGCACUUAAAGAUUUUAGUUAAGUUACCACUGUCAUUUUCAUUUUCUAUGUUAAAGAAUACCUUUCAGUGCUAUGCUCCAAUAUCUAAAAAUUUUAUCACCAGGGGAAUAAACUCAAUACACAUUCAUUAAACUUUUAUUGUAAUCAAACUGCUAUAUAUUGUUUGCCAUAUAUUAUGGCCCAAGGAAUAUAGUUACAUUUAGGCUAGAUUCACCUUUUCUCAUCUUAAAACCUUUUAUGUUCAAAAUACAUUAGCAGAGGCCAUGAAAAGGAAAAAAAGAUCAGAUUUUUGCUAAUAAGUUUUUAUAUUUGAUAUCAUUUAAAAUGCUCAUAGAGUUGCCCUAUAUAUGCAUGUUAUUCAUUAUAAAUGCACUCAGCAGCUAAGAGAAAUUUGAGAGGAAAAAUGGAAGAAAUGUUUUCUGGAGCAGAAGAUUCCACUUCUUUGGUCCUCAUCUUUACUUAAAAAGCUCUUAUAGAAAGGAUUAAUCAUUUUGACUGCAUACAAACUCUCCAUGUGUCUGACAUGCACAUACACUGCUUUAUAAUGAAAAUGACACUUUCUGAUGGUCAGUAAAAUCUUAAAUGAUUUUUGCAACUGAUAUUCCUUCCUCUUUUGACUUUUUAUUGGUACAACCGUAGGGAAGAAUCUACAACCUGGAGCAUUUCAGGUUUGUUCUUUAAAUAUAGACACCCCUCACCAUGAGCUCUCUGGGAAUCCGUGAAUUUCCUAAAAUUGUAAGCAAAAUGUUGAAUAUCAGGGCAUUUUUUUCUGAGGUGGGAGUAUGUCGCUCACAGCAAACUUGGAAAGAAGGCUAUGACUCCCAAGAGGCAGUGAACCAUUGCCUUAAAUUAAUAGCAACCUCUCAACUCCAUUGAGGCCUCAUGUAAAAUUCCCAUUUUUCAUUUUUACACUCCUUUUCUCCCCUCAUUUCCUCUACUCCUUACUAAGGUAAAAAGACCCUGCACAGCAUUAUUGCUUAAGUUGAAAAAGCUUCAACUCUCAAGGACUCAUGUAUACCAUAUGUUCCACUUAUUGCUUUGUCAGUCAAAAUGCAUGUUAUGUAGAAAAUGGUCAAUGGCAAAUUUUUAUAAAUACAGCUACCCCAUCAAAGCUGAACUUGAAACAUUUUAGCAGAAUUUUAAAUAUGUGAAAGUUCAUUAUGGUCAUGGUGAGAAAACUAAAACUACAUGAGUUUCCUGUUAGAAAAGAAUUUUUAAAGAAUCUUCAGAUGGCUUGAACACGUGCCAUUAUAGUAUCUAACAAAAAGUGGCAUAAAAUAUUAUAAAACAUCCAACACUAGAAAGCAAUGACUAACAUUUAAUUUGUUUACAAAAAUGUUUAUUGUCUUCAGUACAAUAAGUUAAAACCAUGAUUGGAUUCAUAAUGCACUUGUCUUAUCCCUUAUUUAUGGAGCUAGACUGACAUAUUUCAAACCAGUCUCUUCUGUGGUCUUCUCCAUCUCAGUUAAUGCAACUUCAACCUUCCAGAUGCUCAGGUCAAAAACUGAAAGUUGCUUUUGACUCCUCUAUUUCUGUUUCAACUUUCAUCUAAUCCAACAGCAAAUCCCCUUGAUGCUACCUUUGAAAUAUAACUAGAAAAGAAUGACUUGCCACCAUAUCCACUAGGUGUCACUACCUCUAACCUUUUUAAUCGCAAUAUGCUUAUUAUUUAGUUCCCUAAUUUACCAGUCCUUGUCUUGAACAAUCUUAAUCCAACAGCCAUAGUGAUUCUGUUAACCAUGAAUUUGAUUGUGUCACUUCCCUGCUCACAAUCUUCCAAUGACUUCUCCCUCCAGUGGCCUUCAAGGUCCUUCAUGAGUGUUACCCCUCUACACGUCCACACCACUCACCACACAUACAUACACAUGCACACACACACACACACAUGCAAUUCUACCUUUUUCUAACACCAUCUCUUAUCUCUUAUUAUUCUGCCUCUUACUUACACCACUAUGGCUCCCAAGAAAGUUCCUGCUUUAGUGUUUUGUUCCCUCUGCCCCAGAGAGCUCCCCUUAGUGAUCUCAGUUCAAAUAUUAUCUUAUCAGUAAGACAAACACUUCUCCCAUCUGCGUUCCCUAUCCCCUGUACCUGACAAUCUGUAAGUUUGCUUCUUUAUUUCUGUCUAUACUUCCCCCUCCCCAGCCCCAAACAUGCCCAUCACAUGCCCUAGAAGGUAAGUCCCAUGAAGGCAGGGGCUUUGUCAGUUUUGUUCAUUUGGUAUUUCUGGCAUAUAUAUUCUCUAAAUAUUUCUUGAAUUAAUGAACUGAAAAAUGUGUGUUAAAGUUGCUAAGUGUUACUGUAUCAUACUUUUUUUGUAUUUUAAAUUUUAAAAUAAAGGCUAAUAUAUUUAGACAGGAUUUCCAAAAACUUUGUCUUCAAAUUUUAAUUUUCUUCCUAAUAUUCUUCACAUUAAACUAUGGACUAUAAUUUUCUGGAUAAAAUAUCCUGCCUUAUGGAAAUGAAAUAUGAAAUUUUAUUAAAAUGCUGCUAUAUUAUAUAAGUUGCUUCAUUAAGCUAAAAAUAGUUUUUAUUUUUUGGUUGUGUCCAAUGGCCACUUGAAGGUAUACGAUUUUGACUUUUAAAGGAGAGUUAUCAUUGUCUUAAAAAUUAUGUAUUUUCAUGAUUUCUUAAGAACUAUUACUAAAUUUAUCUUCUAAAUGCAGUCAAUGGAAUAAACACAAUUACAGAGAUUUUUAGAGGACUUUACAGAUGACCUUGUCUUAGUUUCUCUGUUUAUAGAUAAUAAGACUGAAACCCAGAUAUGUAAUAUAACUUUUCUAAGGAUCAUAUAUCUAAAGUGGUGUUGCCUGGACCCCUUAUUGUUAGUAUAAACUAAUACCGUCACUCAAAAAAUUAUAGAAAUGGAACAAUAAUGAGAAAAAUAUCUUCAUUAAACAUGUUAUGGGGCCAGGCAUGGUGGCUCACGCCUGUAAUCCCAGCACUUUGGGAGGCCGAGGUGGGCGAAUCACUUGAGUUCAGAAGCUCGAGACCAGCCUGGCCAACAUGACGAAACCCUGUCUCUACUAAAAAUACAAAAAUUAGCUGGAUGUGGUGGCACGCGCAUGUAAUCCCAAUUACUUGGGAGGCUGAUGUGGGAGAAUUGCUUGAACCUGGGAGGCAGAGGCUGCAGUGAGCCAGGAUCACAGCACUGCACUUCAGCCUCAAGACUGUCUCCAAAAAAAAAAAAAAAAAAAUUAUGAUUAGUAUAUUGAUUACUUAGAAAUAUUUAAAUUCUUACUAGUAAUUUAAAUAAAAUUAGCUCUUUAAAAUAAUACAAGCACUAAGACCUACAGCAGAAAUAAACUAGAAACAGCAUGAUUACAGGAACAUCCAAGCAUUAUUUGGCAAACUGGGUUUCAGGGAAGCAAAGCCUUUUCAGUAGUAACUAAUGGAACAUACUCACUUUCAUUUUCCUUCUAAUUAUCUUCAAGUUAAAAGUAAGGAUUGGCCUACAGCUUGCACAGAGAAUUAGACCAUCUAUUACUGUGAAGAUUGGGUUCUAUGUUAUGGAGCUUCAAAGACUGCAGGGAAAGAGAUUUCUAGGCUUCCCAGUGGAUCUCUGUAAACUCUGGUAAACACAAUCCAUAAAUUUGAUUUUGCCGUGGUGCUUAGAAACAGUCUAAUAAAAAGGAAAAAAGUGUACAGAGAGAGAAAAAAUAACUACACUGAAACAGAACUGUUUUUACCUUUUUAAAAAAUUUGGUGGGAGGUUAGGAUCAUAUUCUGAAUUAGUUCGGUAAACCUCAAAAUACUGUCUCCCACCACACAUGGUUUCACCACUUAAGAAAUGAUGAUCGUAUCUGCUCACAACCAUUUUACUUGCAUCUCAUUUACAGAUGCUAAAUCUAGUCUCAGAGGAGGCAAAACAUGUAUGCAUUCUUAAGUAAUAAAGUGUACUGAUUUCACAAAUAUGAAGAAUUUUAGAAAUUCAAAUUUUUAAUGGAUGCGUCACCAUCUACAGCUGUCAUCCUGCAUGGCUGAUAUCUGCUGCAAAUCUUGAAUAAAUUUCCAAUUCAGUUGGGCAGCAAAAAUUCAAUUAGAUCUAAAGGCAGCUUGUGUUUCAGGAUUCCGCCACUGCCCAUUUUCCCCAAUGUGUCAAAAUAUGGAAUAGGUGAAAUCAGCCCCUCUUAUGUACAGUACCUGGACACAUCUGUUGUGACUACACCAUGUUCGAACUGCUACUAAAUAUCAGCUAUUGUAUGAAUUUAUGGUGUUGAAUGAGCACCAGCAAUGUGUUUUAAAUAAUUUGUGUAUAUUUGUAGCCCAGUUUGUUUUAUAUUGGUCAAUAAAUUCUAAAGACAAUUUUCAUUGUAUUUGUUUUAAAAGAAAAAUCCCUCUGAAAUACUAGUGAAUUCAGGCAGCUCUUUUCUUAAGGAUCCUUUAAGAUAAAGACCACUUCUGCGAUACUUGUGUUACAUUAUAUAAAGUUAUUUUGUUUUUGUUUUUAGCUAGGGAGAACAAAUCACUCAAUAUUCUGUUUUUAAUGAGUUAGAAUGAGAAUGGAAAAUUAGAUGAUUGAGGCUAUAUCUAUAAUGUUUUUUAAAAAUGAGAUUUUCAUCAUGCAUUCAAUUGGUGUGAAAAUGAAAGUAAGCUGCUGCCUGGUUCCAGUUGUACUGAAAUUUCAGCUAAAAAUAGCACAAGGGGGAAAAAAGAACUUGAUGAUUACAUGUGUUUUUUUGUUUGUUUUUUUUCUAUUUCAGCUUUUUUGUUGUUGUUGUUGUUGUUGUUGUUGUUGUUUUGGUCAGUGUAGCCACAGCUAGAAAGGAAUAAUUUCAAAAAUGUUUUAGAUAUAUGCUUGGCACAUGGUUAACAUUUAUAAAAAUAGAUUGUGCAUAAUGACAGAUUUUAAAUACUGUCAGCAUUAUUAGAUGAUAUAAUUGUUCUUUUGCUGUAAAUUUAAAUAUUUAUACAUUUUUGUAGAGUUAAAAUAUGCCAAUUUAGUUUUCCUUUGGUAUAUAUUGCCUUUUUGGAAAAUAAAUGGUUAACAUUUCAAAUCGAUAAACAACGUCAGUAUUUUAUGCUUAACCUCCAUGUUUGUAGAUUAUUUAAAUAAAUGAUUAAGUGCCUAUGAAUAUCUCCUAGCACCAAGAAAA